AUGAAAGAGUCAAAUAAAUAUUAAAAUUCGAGCAAUUUUAAAAAAUAAUAAAAAUUUUCCAUUAAAUUCUAAAACGAUGCCAUAAAUAUACAUAUUCCAUCUGAUUUGACUUAAAUAGUUAAUAUUCCUGAUUUUUCGAAUGAAUAUACACGUGAGGUAAUAUAAAAGUUAGGUCAAUUUAAAUAUAAAGAAUAAUAAGAAGAAUAUGAAAAUAAUGAAGAAAUAAUAAAAUUGCCUUUUUACGGGCCAUCUGAGAUUGAAAACGGGGUAUAUUAUAUAGGUUAAUGGAUGUACAGGUAAAGACAUGGGAAAGGGAAAUAAAUAUGGUCAGAUGGAUCUGAAUAUGAAGGUUAUUGGAAAAACGACAUGGCGAACGGAACAGGAAGACUAAUUCAUGCAGAUGGUGAUGUUUUUGAGGGAGAAUGGAUAAACGAUAAGGCCCAUGGACAAGGUGUGUAUUUACAUAGGGACGGAGCAUCAUAUAAAGGAGAAUGGAGAGAAGACAAAUAGCAUGGAUUUGGAAUUGAAAGGUGGGUAGAUGGAGCUUAUUAUGAGGGAAAUUACUAUAUGGGAAUGAAGCAUGGAAUGGGUAAGUUUAUUUGGGCAGAUGGGAGUGUUUAUGAAGGGGAAUUUAAGGAUAAUAAUAUUAAUGGAAAUGGGAAAUAUUUUUGGAGUGAUGGAAGGGAAUUCGAAGGAAGCUGGAAAGAUAAUAAAAUGCAUGGGAAUGGAAUUUUUACGUGGAAAGAUGGGAGAAUUUAUAAAGGAUAAUAUUAAGAUGAUAAAAAAUGGGGAUUUGGAGAAUUUAGUUGGUCUGAUGGAAGGUAGUAUAAAGGUUAUUGGGUUAAUGGAAAAUAACAUGGAAGAGGUAUAUAUAAAGGGUCUAAUGGAAUUGAAAGAAAUGGAGAAUGGAAUGAAGGAAAGAAAAUUAGAUGGAUUGAUAAAUGA